UUCCCGUCUGCGCUGGCUGCGGCCUUCACUGAGCGGGGGGGCGGCCCCGGCCCGGCCCCGCAGGACGAUGGACCCGGCCGAGGCCGUCCUGCAGGAGAAGGCGCUCAAGUUCAUGUGCUCUAUGCCCAGAUCUCUGUGGCUGGGCUGCUCCAGCCUGGCGGACAGCAUGCCCUCGCUGCGAUGCCUGUAUAACCCAGGGACUGGCGCACUCCCAGCUUUCCAGAAUUCCUCUGAGAGAGAAGACUGUAAUAAUGAUGAGCCCCCUAGGAAGAUCAUUCCUGAGAAGAAUUCACUUAGACAGACCUACAACAGCUGUGCCAGACUGUGCUUAAACCAGGAAACAGUAUGUCUAGGAAGCACUGCUAUGAAGACUGAAAACUGUGUGGCCAAAACAAAACUUGCCAAUGGCACUUCCAGUAUGAUUGUGCCCAAGCAAAGAAAACUGUCUGCAAGCUAUGAGAAGGAGAAGGAGCUCUGCGUCAAGUACUUUGAACAGUGGUCCGAGUCUGAUCAGGUGGAGUUUGUGGAGCACCUCAUCUCCCAGAUGUGUCACUACCAGCACGGACACAUAAACUCAUACCUCAAACCCAUGUUACAGCGGGACUUCAUCACUGCACUGCCAGCUCGGGGAUUGGAUCACAUUGCUGAGAACAUUCUGUCAUACCUGGAUGCCAAAUCUUUGUGUGCUGCUGAGCUGGUGUGCAAGGAGUGGUACCGGGUGACAUCUGACGGGAUGCUAUGGAAGAAGCUCAUUGAGAGAAUGGUCAGAACAGAUUCCCUGUGGAGGGGUUUGUCAGAGAGGAGAGGAUGGGGGCAAUAUCUAUUUAAAAAUAAACCUCCUGAUGGAACUGCACCACCCAACUCCUUCUACAGAGCACUUUACCCCAAAAUUAUACAAGACAUAGAGACAAUAGAGUCGAAUUGGCGGUGUGGAAGGCACAGUUUACAGAGGAUCCACUGCCGAAGUGAGACAAGCAAAGGGGUUUAUUGUUUACAGUAUGAUGAUCAGAAGAUAGUAAGCGGCCUAAGAGACAAUACUAUUAAGAUCUGGGAUAAGAAUACAUUGGAAUGCAAGCGAAUUCUCACGGGACACACAGGUUCUGUCCUGUGCCUCCAGUAUGAUGAACGGGUGAUCAUUACUGGAUCUUCAGACUCAACAGUCAGAUGUCCAUGCAAAUCGCUGUCAAGGAGAAAUGAGAAUCUAAGCCAAGGCCAGUCAAGAGUGUGGGAUGUGAAUGCAGGUGAGAUGCUGAAUACACUGAUCCACCACUGUGAAGCCGUGCUGCACCUCCGCUUCAACAACGGCAUGAUGGUGACGUGUUCCAAGGACCGCUCCAUCGCCGUGUGGGACAUGGCCUCCCCAACAGACAUCACCCUGAGGAGGGUGCUCGUGGGGCACCGAGCUGCCGUCAACGUAGUGGACUUUGAUGACAAGUACAUUGUAUCGGCAUCAGGUGACAGAACUAUAAAGGUAUGGAACACUAGUACCUGCGAAUUCGUGCGCACCUUAAAUGGCCACAAACGAGGCAUUGCAUGUCUGCAGUACAGAGACAGGCUAGUAGUGAGCGGCUCUUCAGAUAAUACCAUCAGGCUGUGGGAUAUCGAGUGUGGGGCAUGUUUACGAGUACUGGAAGGCCAUGAAGAGUUGGUGAGAUGCAUACGCUUUGAUAACAAGAGGAUAGUCAGUGGGGCAUAUGAUGGGAAAAUCAAAGUGUGGGAUCUUGUGGCUGCUUUGGAUCCCCGUGCUCCAGCAGGGACCCUCUGCUUGCGAACCCUUGUGGAGCAUUCUGGAAGAGUCUUUCGACUUCAGUUUGAUGAGUUCCAGAUCGUCAGCAGCUCACAUGAUGACACCAUCCUCAUCUGGGAUUUUCUGAAUGAUCCAGCUGCCCAGGCAGAAUCCACUCGCUCCCCGUCCAGAACAUACACCUACAUCUCCAGAUAAAUAACACUACACUGUACCUCACACUUGCACAGGUAAAAUAAAAAAAAAACAAAAAACUUUAAAAAAUAAGGUGAGGCUCAAAGGCUCAAAGGUGACACUGGAUGUAGUGUGAGCCUGCUGCCUGAGUAACUGGCUGGGUCUAUCAGUGUUUGUCAUCUUGGUUAUACAGUAAUUACAGUGUCCUGUAAGAGGACAGGAAUGGUUCUGGUACCUUAGAAUAGGGACUUUAUUUUAGGAUUUGUGACAUGUGGUGCCUAUGACUCCCCCUGAAGAACUCCUCCUCCUCUGUCCAUCAUCAUCAAUAAUUAAAUCAGUUAUACUGUUGUCCAGAAGGAAGAAGAGUUUCUGCAGAGCGAGUAGAGCAGCUGCUGCCUAACAAGAGGAUGCAGAUGGCCUGACCCUGGGCAGUUGUCACCAGGCAGGAGAGUUUUGCCAAGAACCUCCCUCUGAAGUGAUGACCAUUCUCCUCACUCUGCAGCAAGCUGAUUCAAGAUUACAGCUUGGCCAGGGGAGGAGACACUGAGGCACAAGCACAAACCCAGGCAAAUUAAAUUGAGAUGAAUCAAUGUGCAAAAUAAUAUACUGAUAGGGCCUAGCCCUUGUUCUCUCUCGCAUAGCAUGGAUGUUAAAUUAUUCAUAUCAGAGCCUGGCUGGUUUGCUCAUUACCUUUUGUCUUGGCCAGCACAGUGUGGGCAGGACAAAAUGUUUCAUGUGUUUGGGUCAGUUGUAAAGUGAAUUUUAUGCAUAUGAGUGAAGUGGGAUAACAUGCUUUCCUGCAUGGGUGGGUACAUGCACAAUUACUGUUGAUAGCAGUAAACAUAAGAGAGAAGAAUGGCAGAAGAGCUGACAGGCUUCUGCAGAGGGGUGUCCACAGUGACAUUUUCCCAUGAAAGUGCUCUGUCACGGGGCACAUCCUGUAUCCUGUUUGGUAACUGUACAGUGAUGCUCUGGACCUGUCAGAUCUUGAUCAAACACUCUGAUCAAUCAGAUGUUAUUUUAAAUCAUUAAAAGGCUUAGUAUGAA